UAUAUAUGGUAAGGGUUUUUUUUGGUUUGGUCAGGUGUUCCACCCGGAAGGGAAAAACAGUUUUUGACCGCUGAAGAUGCAAGGACCUUGGAGAAUUAUGGGUGUUGAUAUUUCAAGUGUUUCUAGAAAUAUGUGCAAGUAUAAUGGACACUGAUGAUUGUGGAUAAAAAUAAAUGGACGAAGUGUUCAACUGGCAAGUAUGACUCAGACUUUGAUUCAUCAGGCACCGUGAUCAGCGCGUCAAUUAGGUUAGCCCGUGUGUAGUGCCUCAGUGGCUUAAAGCAUUGGCUUAGCCUCUACAAUCUAAGUCAAAAACUGUUCUACAAGUUCAGCGAACAAGUGGAUUAUUGGAGUUGGAUACGAGUUUCGUGUUUGAUGGAUUCAGCGACAGCGUGGGUGCGGAAAGGAGGCUGUGUGUUUGGGAGCGGCACAUCAGCUGAUCGGCCUCAGCUGCCGAAGGCGCCGUCGGAGAGGAUUGUUGCUGUUGGAGCAGCUGUUGGAGUGGAUCAGCAGCGAUGGCGACAAAGCGGACCAUCUCUUCGCUGGAUUUGAACAACGUUGACCUCAACUGGUAUGUGUAGCGCUACCAUCGGUAUUAAUGGCCAUUUAAAAAUAAACGUGUGCACACGUAAUAGCGUAAUUCCAAUGCAUUGGUUGCUGAAGUGGACGAACAGUUAACUUUGUACUGACUGAUUUGCUAUGUCGACUGUCGAACUUGUAAAUAUGGAAGAUUGUGCAGCAAAGGCGGACAGUCCGUCUGGUGCUGGUGCGCCAGCUGCCGCUGGCAUCUCGGACUCUGUGGCCAGCUGUAGUGGCACACAAACGGGCAAGCGGGUGGUCAAACUUUCUGCUAAAGCAGUUGCUGAUAGGUUAGACAGAUUGCAAGCUGGUAGGAAGGCAAAGCUAAAUAAAGCUAGUAAUUUAAGGAAAACAGUACAAGGUUUAAUGCAAAGCGGGAUGUUUUUAGAGGUACAAAGGUCUCUUGAUGGUUUAAUUGAUUUAUGUGAUGAAACAAGGUGUAUGCAUGAUUCAAUGAUGAUUUUAUUGCCGCAUGAAGAAAAAGAAAAACAUGAAACAUGGUUUAAAGCAAAAAUGAUGUUCAAUGAUGAAUUUAUUGAAAAUGCGAAAGAGUGGGUCAAAUCUAAACAAAUUCCUGUGUUUGAAACCGAAGGUGCUGGUAAUUUGAAUCUUGAUGAUUAUGGUGAUCAAGGUGGGGUUGAAGAUAUCAAUCCUAAUGACAGUGUUUCCAAUAUCGGUAAACAUUCCAACAAAAGUGUCACCAGUAAUAGGUCAAGCACAGUUUCCUCUGCACAAAUUAAAGCCGCAGCAGAAAGAGCUGCACUUGUUGCUCGAAUGUCAGCUCUAAAGGAACGCCAUGCAUUGGAGGAACAGGAACAUCUGAUAAAGAGGAAAAAGGAGCAGCUCAUUUUGGAAACUGAGCUAGCAGCAUCUACUGCUAAGUUGGCAGUUUUUCAGGCUUCGGAUGAACAAUGUUUCUCUCUAGCAUCUACACAUGGCAUGAGCUUUUAUUUUGAAAGGGAAAAGAAGAAACUGGCAUCAAGCAACACUCUUGAUCCCAUGGCAAAGGACAUGCCACUAACACAAACCAAAUUGCAACCAGUGGAUGUGCGGCCAAAGCAACCUGUAAGGAAAAUUUCAGUGACAAAGCAGCAUUCUGACACACAGGAUCAAAGGCAUUGGGAAAUGGCACAGGGUUCACAGCCUGCUGCAACAACUGCUUGGAUAAAUCAAAGUAAUAGACAACAGAAAAAUCAGCAAAGAACUGAUCAGGCUCUACCUGAAGACAUUGCCAUCAUUAUGCAUAAGCAAAAUGAAAUAACUGCUGCCCUUGUGCACCAACAGCGUUUAUUGUCUCUGCCAGCACGCGACAUUCCUGUGUUUGAAGGGGAUCCAUUCCAAUAUAAAGCUUUUAUUAAGGCAUUUGAACAAGGAGUGGAGGAUAAAGCUAGUAAAGCUGACUGUUUGUACUAUUUGGAACAGUUUACAAGAGGACAGCCCAAAGAGUUGGUGCGCAGCUGCCAGCAUAUGGCUCCUGAACGUGGCUACAUUGUGGCAAAAGAUCUUCUUCAAGAGCAUUUUGGGAAUGAAUACAAGUUAUCUACUGCAUAUAUAGACAAAGCUCUAGCCUGGCCGUCAGUUAAGUCUGAGGAUGUUAAAGCUCUGCAAGCUUAUGCUUUAUUCUUGCGUGGAUGUUGUAAUGCAAUGGAGGAGCUUCAUUAUAUGCAGGAGUUGGAUAUGCCAGGCAAUAUGAAAAUGGUGAUUUCCAAGCUACCAUAUAAACUCCGAGAACGAUGGAGAGCUGUUGCUCAUGACAUUAUGGAAACCUAUAACCAGAGAGCUCAUUUCACUGAUGUGGUUGUAUUUUUGGAAAAGCAUGUGAGGAUUCUAUCUGACCCAAUUUUUGGGGAUAUUGAGGCACAUGUACCACAAAACAUAGCUGGUUCAAGACCUUCUAGCAAGUUUAAAUUACAAACAAGGACCAGAGGUACAGAACGUAGUUUUGCUACUACAGUAACAUCGAUAGAUUCCUCUGAAGAUAAAUCUAUGACAAGUAGUCUACAGAAACAGAGUCUGCAUUGUUAUUGUUGUUCAUGUGCUCACCUUUUGGAGAAAUGCCAGCUGUUUAAAGGUAAGAAACACAGAGAGAAGAUUCGUUUCUUAAAAGAGAAAGGAAUCUGUUUUGGAUGUUUAUGCACUGGACACAUAAGCAGGGAGUGUAAUAAACGGUUGAUCUGUGAAGUGUGUAAUCAACAACAUCCCACUGUGCUUCAUAUUCCAAGGACAAAUGUUGAAUCAGAACAAACAAAUAAGCCAACUGGAGUUAAACCAUCAACUCUUCCUCAGGCAUGUGGGCAUAUAGGGGCCGGAAGGAAUCGUGGUGCUCUCUCCAUUAUUCCGGUACAGGUCAAGUCCACCAAGGGAAGUGAGGUCAUGCAGACGUAUGCAUUUCUGGACCCUGGUAGCACGGCUACAUUCUGUUCAGAACAUCUCAUGCAGAGAUUGAAUAUUUCAGGAAAAAGGACUCAGUUUCUUUUAAAAACAAUGGGGCAGGAAAAGAUUGUUCCAGCAUACUCCUUGUUUGGGAUUGAGGUGUCAGGGCUGGAUGGAAACAAUUUUUAUCCGUUGCCAGAAGUUCUCACACAGAAACAGAAGCCAGUCACUUCAGAUGAUAUUGUCUCUACCGCAGAUAUGGAAAGGUGGCCUUAUUUGUCAAAGGUUCAUAUCCCUACCAUAAAUGCCAAUGUUGACUUGUUGAUUGGAAUCAAUGCUCCUAAGAUAUUGGAACCUUGGGAAGUCGUCAACAGCUCUGGAGAUGGCCCAUACGCUAUAAGAACAGUGUUGGGCUGGGUCAUCAACGGCCCUUUGAAUGGAAACAAUGGCACUUGUGAUGUGGACCAUUCUUCUGUUGUGGUAAAUAAAAUAUCUGUGUCUAAACUGGAAUCUAUGUUGAACAGUCAGUAUAACCAUGACUUUAAUGAAAGGACCUCAGAGGAGAGGGAAAUAUCGAGAGAGGACAUCAGAUUUUUGGAAGUCAUGGAGUCUUCUGCAACUCUACAGGAUAACAGGUAUUGCCUGAAGUUGCCCUUUAAAAGACCAGAUGUUAUCUUGCCAAACAGCUUUACAGUGGCCAAGCAAAGGAUACUUGGAUUAAGGAGGAAAUUUAUAAGUGACUCACAAUUUCAUAAGGAAUAUUCAAGUUGUCUCAAAGAGGUCGUGGAUAAAGGUUAUGCUGAGCAAGUGCCUGAGCAGCAGUUGCAAGGUAGAAGCGGAAAGGUAUGGUACAUUCCUCACCAUGGUGUCCAUCAUCCCAGAAAGGGUGCAUUACGAGUGGUGUUUGAUUGUGGUGCCACAUAUCAAGGAACAUCAUUGAACGGUGAAUUAUUGCAAGGGCCAAAUCUCACCAGUUCCCUGCUUGGAGUGCUCACUCGAUUCAGACAGGAGCCUGUUGCAUUUAUGGGUGAUAUACAGGCUAUGUUCCACCAAGUGAAGGUUGCAGAAGUAGACAGAGACUUCCUGCGCUUUCUGUGGUGGCCAGAAGGAGACUUCCACCAAGAGCUCAAAGACUAUAGAAUGACUGUUCACUUGUUUGGAGCAGUUUCGUCUCCUAGUUGUGCUAGCUUUGCGCUCAGGAAAACUGCUGAUGACAACAGAGGUGAAUUUUCUCAUGAGACUGUUCACGCUGUCAAACGAAACUUUUAUGUUGAUGACUGUUUGAUGAGCUUGGGAUCAGACAAAGAAGCUAUCCAGAUGAUAAGGGAACUCAUUGUUCUUUGUAAAAGAGGUGGAUUCUUUUUGGAAAAAUGGAUAAGUAACAGUCGAUCAGUGUUGCAGUCAAUCGCAGAGGAUCAAUGGGCAAAGGAUUUAAAGGAGCUGAAUCUGGAUCGAGAUAAUCUUCCAGUUGAGAGGGCGUUAGGUCUGCUUUGGUGUGUCGAGUCAGACUCUUUCAGAUUCAAGAUGGAGGUGAAACAGCAGUCUCUAACCAGACGUGGAAUGUUGUCCACAACUAGUUCCGUGUAUGAUCCUUUGGGUUUUCUGUCACCAGUUACUUUGCCUGCCAAGAUGAUGCAACAAGAGCUGUGCAGGAGGGGCUGUGGAUGGGAUGAUGCCUUGCCAGCGGAUAUCCUGAAACAGUGGGAAAGGUGGUUGGAAGAAAUCAAGUUAUUAGCAUUUUUUAAGGUGGAAAGAUGCAUAAAGCCUAAGGGUUUUGGUGGCCUCAAACACAGCCAAUUACAUCAUUUUGCCGACGCCAGUAAGGAUGGCUAUGGGGCUGUAACUUACAUCAGACUGAGGGACUGCAAAGACCAUGUUCAUGUUGCUUUCCUUUUAGGAAAAGCCAGGGUCACACCACUAAAAUCUGUAACGAUUCCACGAUUAGAACUAACAGCUGCAGUCCUGGCAGCCAGAGUGGACGUGAUGCUUAGAGCAGAGCUUGAAAUGCAGCUGGAUGAAUCUGUGUUUUGGACAGACAGUACAGCGGUUUUGAAAUAUAUUAAUAAUGAGGACAAGCGUUUUUACACAUUUGUGGCAAAUAGAAUCUCCACUAUAAGAGAGAUUUCAAACCCUUCCCAAUGGAAGCACAUUGGCUCUAAAGACAACCCAGCUGAUGCUGCAUCCAGGGGGAUGAAAGUACCUGACUUUCUUAAGAACCACAGUUGGGUCAAGGGCCCCAGUUUUCUUUGGAGGGCUGAGGAAGAGUGGCCGGAAGAUUUUGUUGGUAAGGUGGACUCUGAUGAUCCAGAGAUCAGACAGGAGGCCUGGGUUAAUUCCACUGCUAUCGAUUCCCUCAAUGCCACUGACCAACUCAUGACUUACUUCUCAGAUUGGAGGAAACUCAAGGUGUCAGUAGCUUGGUUUCUCAGGCUUAAAGGACUUUUGUUACAGCUCAGUCGUCAAAGAAGGGGUUUGAAAGAUUCUCAUCCACAAGCUGGGCAAAGGGUAGUACAAAAGGCCACAGUAACAUCAAAGGUUAAAACCCUAACACUCAAAGAUUUGUUGGAAGCUGAGUUGGUCAUCAUAUGCUAUUGUCAGCAGCAAAGAUUUGGGGAUGAAAUUUCUUCUCUAUCUAAUAAGGGAACGGUAAGCAGGCAAAGUUCCAUCUACAGGCUGGAUCCAAUUUUGGAAGAUGGGAUGUUAAGAGUUGGUGGGAGAUUAAGCAAAGGAGCGAUGCCACUGGAGGAAAAACACCCUCUCAUCCUAUCUAAGGAUCAGCAUAUCUCUAGGCUUAUCCUCAAGCAUAUCCAUCAGUCACUAGGACACAGUGGAAGAAACCAUACUCUGUCAGCUCUCAGGAAGAGGUAUUGGAUUACCAAUGCAAAUGCAGCUGUGAGGAAAGUCAUAUCUGAAUGCAGCUUUUGCAGACGUUAUAAUGGGAGAGCAAUGGAGCAAAAAAUGGCAGAUCUUCCAAAGGAGAGAAUCAUUCCAGACUUGCCUCCGUUUACAAACGUUGGAGUGGAUUAUUUUGGACCUAUAGAAGUCAAGAAAGGCAGAACAACUAGCAAACGGUAUGGAGUGAUAUUUACCUGUAUGGCAUGUAGAGCAGUUCAUUUGGAGGUGGCGAAUUCACUUGGGACAGAUGCUUGCAUCAAUGCUAUACGUCGAUUUAUUAGCAGGAGAGGUCAAGUUAUUCAUAUCAGGUCAGACAAUGGAACCAAUUUUGUUGGAGCUGAAAGAGAACUGAGAGAAGCUCUUGCUUCGUUGAAUCAUGAGCAGAUUCAAGGAGCUCUCAUCUCAAAUGGAGUGGAAUGGAGUUUCAAUCCGCCAGCGGGAUCCCAUCAUGGUGGAGUUUGGGAACGUAUGAUACGCCUGGUAAAGCGCAUCCUUAAUUCAGUUUUGCAUCAGCAAAUGCUAGAUGACGAUGGACUCCAUACUGUUAUGUGUGAAGUAGAAGCCAUUUUGAAUGACCGUCCAAUCACCAAGCUGUCUGACGAUCCAAAUGACUUGGAGCCUCUCACACCAAAGCCAUUUUCUGCAGAAGGUCAGACAACAAAUGCAAACAAAGAAGAGCUGACCCGAAGAUGGAAAUACCGUCACAGACUUGUAAAUGAAUUUUGGAACCGAUGGAGGAGGGAGUAUUUGCAGGACCUCAGAUCUGCACACACUCGUCAAACCCCAAAUCCAAUGCAACUCAAAACAGGAGAUCUAGUUCUAAUUGGAGAUGACAAGAUGCCACGUCUAACAUGGAAAACAGGACUAAUUACGGAAGUGUUCCCAGGAAGAGAUGGACUAGUCAGAUCCUGCGCUGUGCGUACUUCAACUGGGACAACAUUAAGAAGACCAGUUCAGCUACUAUAUCCUUUUGAAAUUAUUGCUUAAACUGUCUUCUGGGGGGGAGGAUGUUGAAUAUUUAGUAACAAAUGGUUUAGGUGCAAAUUAGUUAUGUGAGAGGUUAUUGAAUGUGUUUUACAAAUUCAUUUAAACACACAGAACCAAUAAUUUAGUUAAUAGUUUACUGAUAAAAGAUAUUAAUGUAACAUAUUUCAUUUAUUCCAGAACGUGUUUUUCCUUCAAAUAUAUGCAUUUAGAUUCCCCACUAGAUGGCGGUGUUGCCUCGCGUUUGGGCAGAGGCGAAGAAGACAAUGUUGUUAGCUAGUUUUAAGCAUGUUAGCCAGCCGAACAAGUGUGUUGUACAAAUGUAUUAAUUAGAUGCAGUUCUAGUAAAAGCAAGAUGAAGUUCAAA